AUGCCGGACGGAAUGCUCGGCAAGGCGGCGCUCGCCGUCCUUCUCGUGCUCGCCGGCCUUGCGGCCGGGACCAGGCCGCCCCCGCCGCCGGUGUCGGAGGAGACGCUGGAGAAGGUCGCCGGCUCGCUGGAAAUGUACGUCGACAGGCUCCCCCAGAUGCCCAAGGUACGCGGCUACUCCAUGGAACGCGGCCGCGCCACGCCGGUGCACCUCGCCGUCGGGAUGUACCGAAAGAAAUGGAAAUUCCACCGCGACCUGCCGGCGACCACCGUGUUCGUGUUCGGAGAGUCGGCGGAGAGCGCCACGUUCCCCGGGCCGACCAUCGAGGCGCUGCAAGGGGUCCCUCUGUCGGUGACGUGGGAGAACCACCUGCCGGAGAACCACAUCCUUCCGUGGGACCCCACCGUGCCCGCAGCCAUCCCCAGGCACGGCGGCGUCCCGACCGUCGUCCACCUCCACGGCGGCGUCCACCCGCCGCAGUCCGACGCCAGCGCCUUCGCAUGGUUCACCGCCGGCUUCCGCGAGACCGGCGCCAAGUGGACGACGCCGACGUACGUGUACCCGAACGUGCAGUCCCCCGGUGUCCUCUGGUACCACGACCACGCCCUCGGCCUCACGCGCGCCAACCUCCUCGCCGGCCUCCUCGGCGCCUACGUCAUCCGCAAUCCGGCGGUGGAGUGGCCGCUCGGCCUCCCUUGCGGCGACGAGUUCGACCGCGUGCUCGUGCUCGCCGACCGCAGCUUCUAUGCCAACGGCUCCCUCUACAUGAACUCCGCCGGCGACAACCCGCACGUCCACCCUCAGUGGCAGCCUGAGUACUUCGGCGACGUCAUCACCGUCAACGGCAAGGCGUGGCCGUUCCUUCCCGUCGCCCGGCGCCGCUACCGCUUCCGCGUCAUCAACGCCAGCAACGCGCGCUACUUCAACCUCUCGCUGAGCAACGGCCUCCCCUUCCACGUCGUCGGCUCCGACACCAGCUACCUGGCCCGGCCGGUCGCCGCCACCCACGUCGUCGUCGGCGUGUCCGAGUCGUUCGACGUCGUCAUCGACUUCUCCGACGACGAGUCCAACACGCCCGAGGUGGAGCUGGUGAACACGGCGCCGUACCCGUUCCCCGACGGCAACGCGCCGGGCCGCCUCUCCAGCAAGGUGAUGAAGUUCGUCAUCGAACCAGCGAAGACAAGGGACCACUCCAGGGUGCCGGCGAGGCUGCUGGAGUACCACGCGAAGGUCGCCGAGGAAGAGGCGACAAGAAAGCGAUACAUCGUGAUGUACGAGUACGACGACGGCGCGACGGGCGGCCCGACGCACCUGUACAUCAACGGGAAGCGGCUGGAGGACCCGGCGACGGAGACGCCGCGCGUGGGGGCGACGGAGGUGUGGGAGGUGGUCAACCUCACGCCGGACGACCACCCGCUCCACCUCCAUCUGGCCACGUUCCAGGCGGUGCGCGCCCGGGGGCUGGUCGGGCUUGACGAGUUCAGGCGCUGCAUGGCCAGGCUCAACGACGCGGCCAGGUGCAACGUGAGCCAGCACGCCGCUGGGGACGCGGUGGGCGUGCCGGAGCACGAGAGGACGUGGAAGAACGUGGGGAAGAUGGCGCCGGGGCACGUGACGACGGCGGUGGUCAAGUUCCUGAUGGUGGACACCGGCGAGGACUACCCGUUCGACGCCACGGCCGAGCCUGGCUACGUCUAUCACUGUCACAUUUUGGAUCAUGAGGACAAUGCCAUGAUUCGCCCGCUAAAGCUCAUCAGAUAA